AUGAAAUUUUUGACUUUAUUUAUUUUUUUAAAUUUAUUAUUUAUAGAAUUAGUAAUUACACUGUCUUCUGUUGAUUUCUUUCAAUUAAAAAAAAAUAGUGAUUUUUAUGCUGAAAGUGGUUAUUGUUACCCAAGAUUUACAUUUAUUGGAUCAUUUGGUAGUCAAAUUUCAACAGUUUUAAUUUCAGGUUUAUCAACUGAUUAUUUUAAAACAGAACUCAUACAAUCAAUAGAUACAUUUGGUCGUUUUGAAAUUUAUGCAAAUUGUACAGUCGGCCAAUAUAGCCUCUCCUCAAUAUAUGAUGGAUCAAAUAAUUAUGCAAUUCCUUUAUUCGUCUAUAAUUGUGUAGAACCACCAACAUCACCAUUAAAUUUUCAAGUAUUAGAAAAUUUAAUUACAACAACUCCACCAUCAUCAACUAUUUAUUUUUAUUUAAAAAUUUAUAAUGUUACAAAACAGUUAAGUUUAAAACCAACAAAUUCACCUUUUCCAUAUACAUACUCGUUUUUAGACGGAUUUUUAAUUGAUAGUUCAACAACCUAUUUAGCAAGAUUUUCAUUAGAUUUCAAUCCUUCAAACUCACCUCGAGUAAGUCCAACAUAUUUAUUAUUUAAUAUUUCAUAUGGUUCUUUAAGUAAUAUUGAAUUCAAUUUAUUUAAUCCUUUAAUAGAUUAUGAUAAUGAUGUAUGUUCUCAAAGUAAUAAUUAUAGAGCAGGUGGUAGUUAUAUAUCAAGUACAUAUUGGGAUACAAGUUUAAUUACAUCAUGUGAUACAAUUGAUAAAUCAAUAUCGAAUUUAUUUUUAUAUUCAAAAGCUGUAUAUGGAAUGAUUGAUCAACCUAUAGAUUUUAAUAAUCAAUGGUUUAAAAUGGUAGGUGGGAAUGAAACAAGGGCUCAGUUUUUAUUAUCAUCUUCUUUACCGUCAGAUUUUAUUAGACCAAAAUUAAGUUAUCAAGUACAUUCUUUAGUUUAUGAUAAUAUUUCGUUUGAAACUGCUUCAAUCGAUUACUAUGCGAUACCUUUUUCUUUUAUUGAUGGUACAACAAAUACAAGUACAAAUUUUAUAAAUAUGGAAAUAAACGGUAAUAUAUCAAGAUCAAUGUUAUUUUCAACUGGUUUUGAGAGUACACAAAAUGUUGGUAUUAAUCUAAGACAAUUUAAAUACCCUUAUGGUGUUGUUUCAGGUACAAUGCAAAUAUUUCAAUACCAAAUGAGUGUAUUAAAGACUCAAGUGAUUGGUUCAUUAUAUUAUAGCUUUAGUUCAAAUUUAAAUAAAGUUGUUACAUCUCUUGAAGUUUUUGACACACCACAAACUUAUGAAUUGCCAUCUAUUGAAAGUAUGAAUAUUUAUUAUCCAAGAGGUGGUGAUGGUAAAAGAGCAGUUCUUCAAGUUAGGAUCAUUUCAAAAGCAGGUGCUGGUGUUUUAUCAUGGUUGAAAUAUUGUGGUAACAUUAUAACUCAAAAGGAUUUAGUCAAUGGAACAAUAGGUGAUGGUUAUUAUGAAAAAGUUAUCAUUGUUACUUUUGAAAAAACACCAAUUUUAAUUAUGACUACAGGUGGUCAAUUCAAAAUAUAUGAUACAUAUUAUUCAUUAAAUCCUUUAAAAGAAAUCCCAUAUAUAAAUGCUUUUAAUAAUAGUAUUAAUGGUGGAAGUCAAGUUUUAUCAGUUAGUAAAUUUGAAUUUGAAGCACAAAAUGUAAAUGUUGAUUAUGGAUUUUUACAAACUUUAUAUUUCGAUUAUAUUGAUUCAGCAUACGAUAUACCAAUCUCAUUUUAUUUAUUAGAUCCAAUUUAUGGAGAUUCAUUAAUUAAUCCAAUGGAUCUUGAAGUCGGUCAAUAUUUAAAAGACAAAAAUGAAAAUGUUUUUAAAAUUCAAUUUGUAAUUCCACCUCGUAAAUGUUCUGGUAGUUUGCCAUAUAUUAUUAAAGUAGAUAGCGUUAGUUAUACAAUGGAUUACUUUUAUUCAUUAUUUGGUAAUGCUGCAAAUUUAAGUGUAACCUCAACAGAUUGUGAUGAAAUGCCACCAAUUAUUAAAAAUAUAUCUUAUUUCCAAUCGAUUGAACCUGUCAAUGGUAAUGAAUUUACAUGUAAUGGAACCAAAGAUUUAAUGGUAGGUUGGACAGUUACAAUUGAAGAUAGAAUUAAUGGUUUGAAAUCUGCAUAUUUUAGAAUUAUUGGUGAUAAGGAUCCAAUUCCUUUAGAAUUUUAUUUUACACCUGAACUUGAUUUAAUAAGUGGUGAUAAAUUUAUAGGUCAAUAUAAUAUUAAAUUCCUUGUGAAACCAACCAUUCAAGGACAAACUUUUACAUUUGAAAAUAUAAUUUUAAUUGAUAAUUCAGGUCACAAAUCUCAAAUAAUUGAAGAUAAUUUUAAUUUUAAUAAAGAAUCAGGUGUAAAUUUAUUAUCACCAAUAUAUAGUAUAGAUUCAACUAGUAUGAGUUUUUUAACUUUUAAAGUUAAUACUCCAGAUUUUACACCAGAUGCAACUCAACCAACUCUUUCAAUUUUUAAACCAUCAACUCUAAAUAUUGAUUCAUAUUCACAUAAUAGGGAUUUAUCGUUUGAAUUUCAAGUUACCGAUAGUUUUGGUUUAUUAUAUGACACUCAUAAACCAGUUGUAUUUUUAGAAUAUUACAUAAAUGAUUUAUUAGAUUUAGAAUUAACAAGUAUAGAAUGUGAAACUAAAUUAAAUGGUUUCCAAUGGGAUACUUCCCUUUUGAUAUUUUCAGCAAAUUAUACAGCAACUUGUUUAGUACCAUAUGGAUUUGGUGGUGGUGAUAGUAAUGGUAAUAUGAUUGUGGCAUCAGUAUUUGGAAUUGUUGAUACUUCUUUUAAUCUUGGUGGUUUUUCAUCAUUUGAUUUAGAAAAUUUAGGUUUCACUAGUAUUAUAUCACCAAUUAUACAAACCAAAACACCAUUUAUUGAAAGUUUUACAUCAAUCUCAAGUAGUGGUGGUUUAAUAACAAUAAGUGGUAAUAGUUUUGGUUCUGAUCCUAAAAUUUUUAUUAAUGAUAGUUCAAAUUCUCUUGUUCAAAAUAAUUUAAUUUUCAGUUCAAAUGUUAUUUUAAUAAAUAAAGUUGAAUCAUUUAAUUCUGAAAAAUUAUAUGUUUAUAUAAAAGAUGAAAUUACUCAAACUCUAUCCAAUAUUGUUGAAAUCACUGUUUUACCUGAUUCUUCAACUUCUUCAUCUGAUUCAACACCAACUUCAACACCAACCUCAACACCAACUUCAACCACAACACCUACUUCAACACCAUCAAUACCAACACUAAUAACACCAACACCAAAAGUAGUAUGUUUAAAUAGUUGUGGUGGAUUGAAUAGAGGUAAAUGUAUUGAAAAUAUUGGAUGUCAAUGUAUCUCACCAUAUAGUGGAUUUGAUUGUUUAUCAGAGAUUGUUAAAAUACCUCAACCUAUAACAAAUUUAACAUCACCAGAUAUUAAAAAUGAAAUUCCAAUUGUUGGCAAUAAUGGUGAUAUUAAACUUAAUACUAUAAUUUCAAUAGUUGCAAUACGUGAAAUUAAUUUUAAUAAUUCAAUUGAAAAUAUUCAUUAUUUUGAUAUUUGGGAUUUUAAAAAUAUUUCAAGUACAAAAUUUUCAUAUAGUUCUAAAAUUAAAAAAGGUGCUAAUCAAGUAUCAAAUAUAACAGUGAUAGCUGAAUGGUUUGAAAAAGAAACUCAAAUUACGUUUGCAGGUGAUAAAUUUACUAUAAAUCCAUCAAGUUUAAAAUAUUCAAUAUCAAUUGAUCAUUAUCCAUUCUCAACAUCUUUAAAUACAUUGGAAUUAAUAUUUAAAAAUUUUAUUGAAACUUCAAAAACUGAUGACAUUUGUUCAAGUGAACAAUUUGGUUUAAAUGAUCAUUCAAAUUAUUUAGAACUUCAAGUUGGUGAAUUUAGUUUUCUUUCAAAAUAUUUAAAAAGAGCAAAUAUUGAUAAUGUAGUACGUACAAUUAGUAAUAAAGUUUUAACAGAUUUCAAUCAGAAUGAAAAAUUAAAUAGUACAACCUCAAGUAAAAAAUUAUCGUUUGUCGCUAUUCAAAUACCUUUCUAUAAUAUUAAUAUAGAGUUAGAUCCAGACUUUUCUGUAUUAUUAAAUUCAAAUCCAGCUUCUUCAAAUUCUGAUAAUUCUAUAUGCACAUCGUCGUCUUCAUCAUCUUUAUCAAAACCUCAAAUAGCUGGUAUUGUAAUUGGUUCUAUAGUUUUCUUUAUAAUUUUAAUUUUAAUUAUUUUAAUCUUAUUACCUUCAAAUUCAAAAUUAUCUUUUAGAAUUUUCCUUUUUAAAAUGAAAAAAAGAGUUAGCAGAAAAAAUUAA